GCUAUGUGAUGCACUUUAGCUGAGUACGUCUUAGAAAUAUCAUUGCGGCAGAGAGUCACUGUGUUUCUUAGACAGCUUUGGGAGAAAUUUAUUUAAUCGAGUGCAAAGGGAGGCCUGGCAACACGCAAAACCUUUGGGGGAGUUGUCAUAUUUAUCUAAAUCCAUUGAGGGAACAGAAGUUCCGCCCCCUAUAGUUUGGCUUCUCCUUCUGAAACAUAAAAGGGAAGAACAAAAACUGGAUCGUUCUGUAUUCCACACUUACUGCUAGGAGGGCUGAAGUUACGAUCAUCACAUAGUUGACAUCAUGUGUUCAAAACCCAUACUUCACUAUGUUAAUGGAAGAGGAAGAAUGGAAAGUAUAAGAUGGCUUUUUGCAGCUGCUGGUGUUGAGUUUGAAGAACAGUUUAUUGAGAACCGGAAGCAGCUUCUCAAAUUGAUUUCAGAUGGGGACUUGCUCUUCGAACAGGUGCCAAUGGUUGAGAUAGAUGGCAUGAAACUGGUUCAGACUACAGCUAUUCUACGUUAUGUUGCAGAAAAAUACAACCUCUACGGGAAAAACCUGAAAGAAAAACUCCAAAUUGAUAUGUAUGUGUUAGGAGCCAGAGAUCUGAUGGACCUUUUAAUAUCCCAUCCAUUCCUGCCUCCAGAACAAAAAGAGAAAAAUCUAGAAACUAUUAAUACCAGGGCCACCACACGAUACCUCCCAGUUUAUGAAAAGGCACUAAAAACACAUGGUGGGGAUUACCUUGUUGGAGAUUGCCUCAGUUGGGCAGAUGUUCAAGUACUUGAGAUGAUCCUAGCAGUGGAAGAGAAAUUUUCUUCAAUACUCUCCAGAUUUCCUAAGCUACAGGAAUUCAAGACUAAAAUAAGCAGUGUGCCCACCAUCAAGAAGUUUCUUCAGCCUGGUAGUCAGAAGAAGCCACCUUCUGAUGAUGCAUAUGUAAAACUAGUAAGGGAAGUCUUUGCAUUCUGAAGGAUGUUGAUCUGCAUACAAAUAAAUAAGCAGCUGCAGAUAAGGCACUCUUAGACACAUCUUAAAUGAUAUUUAAUAUGCUCAGAGACACAUCUUAACUGGACUUCAAUAUGUUUGUACCUGUUUGUACAACAGUCUCUUUCAUAAGUGAAGUUUUGUAAGAAAAGAAAAUUAACAGUACAAGACUAUGUAUGUCAUCAAGAUUGAAGCUGUUUUAAUAAACUUUUUCAGAAAAUCA